AGAAAGGGAGGAGAGAGAGAGAGAGAGAGAGAGAGAGAGAGAGAGAGAGAAAGAACAACUUUUCCGAGUGUAUUUUUUUCACCCUCCUUUUAGUUUAAGCAAACAUUACGGAGAGAGAGAGAGGAUAAAUAAAUAAAUAAUAACUUGCAAGACUGUUUGGAUGGAAAAUGAAAGACUGAUAAACCGAAAGAGGAAGAGAGAAAGAAAAGGAGAAAGGAAAAUAAACACUCAGCGAACGGCUUCAGUCCUGUGUAACAGAUGACGGCAUUAAAAAUUGACAGUGAAGCCUGUGGCCUGUUGACAGACUAGUGCAACUUCCUUGACCAUGACAUCAGAACUGGACUCCAGUUUGACCAGCAUCGACUGGCUCCCAAAUCUGGGAAUGAAUAGUCUUCGCUCAGGGAAAGAACGAGGGGAGAGAAAGCGAGACAGAGGAAGAGAACAAGAUACGCCCCCAUCCAUCCCAAUCUCCUCCCCUCCACCAAACUCCUCCAAAGGGAAACCACCGCAUAGUUAUGCCACUCUCAUCGCAAUGGCAAUUAGCUCCGCUCCAGAGAGAAAGCUGAGUCUGAAUGACAUCUACACAUGGAUCAGUGACACCUUUCCAUUCUACAGCAGAGCUGGAAGAGGCUGGAAGAAUUCAAUUCGACAUAAUCUCUCCUUGAAUAAAUGUUUCCGGAAAGUUCCAAGACCACAAAGCGACCCUGGGAAGGGUUCUUAUUGGACCAUGGACGGACCACCUGAUCAGUCUCAGUCUAGAGGUGUUAAAAGGCCUUUUCCUACAAGCGAGGAUGAGACGGAGGCUGCUGAAAAUCCUCCACCCAAAAUGGACAAAACACACAUCAGUCAAGCGGAGCCUCACUCUUUUCCGCACGACAUCAAAACUACUCUGUCUCCACCUCCAUGCAAGCAGCGUCCACCCCCUGCCCCGUUAACUACAGCCCCUACUGCCUCCGUCCCAUCGACUGAACAGCCGCUGCGCUUCUCCUUCUCUGAUCUUAACCUUCCGGACCUCUACACUUCAUUUCAGUCUCUCUGUCGCUCUGUGAGAGAGAGAGUCACUUCACAGUCGGAUGCUGCGAGUCUGCUUGGUAUUCCGGGUGAUAUUGCACCGCUCCACACACCAACGCUGCCACCUCUGUCACCAAACCCCUGCCCCAGCACUAAUCAACCUACACACAUGAUCACUAGUGUAAACACCGGUACCAGCCUCACCCCUAACCCGAACCCGAGUUUCCUACCUAACCAAAACGCUGAGCCUGAUCGACUGCUCCACAACAACGUUGUUCCUGCAGACUGGUUCAGUAAUGCUGAGUCUUUAAGAGAGAGCUUCAGAAUUGCUAGCAGUUUGGACUGGUCUAAUAUAGACCUCAGCAAUCACCCUGACCUGGUAGCGAGCAUGCGUCAGGCAGAACUCUGUGAUUGGGCGCUGGAUCCGGUUGUCUUCACCUCGCUGUGUGAUUCGCUCAACCGUUUUUUUACUCACAGGGGCAUCGUUGGCUCUGUGUCUGGCAGCUCGUCCUCUCUGCACCAGAUAGCUUCACCUCUUACCAACAUGCCACCGGGCUCUCAUCCAACUCUGUCGCAUUUAACACAGCCCUCUCCACUCAGCUUACCUCCCCAGCUCCCGCACUGUAGCGGUGCUCCGUCUGUUCAGAGCCAAAGGAAAACUUUAACACCUCAAAGCCACAGCCAGAAUUCCCAGAGGAGCCUCGAAGGCCAGCCAGCUGCUAGCCAGCCUCUGCCUUCCAAUGCUAUUCCAGCACAGCCUUUGACACCUCGACAUCGACCCCCAAUGAAGCAGCUCCACAGCAACAGUGAAGAGAUUCAGGAUGAUUUUGAUUGGGAUUCACUGAUUGCCUGAACAUUCGAUGAAUCUUGUGGAUUUUGUGGAACAAUUUGAAAUACUGCAGAGCUUUAUUUAUCAAGAUGAGCACGUUUGUUUGAAACCUGAAAAUAUAAAAUUCAAGUAUUUGUAUAAGUAGCGGCUCUUCUAUAUGUCUAUCCACGUGCUGUAAAAAAAAUCUUUAUUCGAAAGUGCAUUGUAAAUUCUGUUGAAAUACUAACGGCCAACAAUAGAAAAAAUCUGUCAGAUAUAUAACCGAUGUUCCAGUGAGCUGCUCACGUUUCCACGUCUUGCCCUUUUAGCAGCAUUGAGUUAUUGUUGCACCUAGUGGUCAAAAAUGGGAACUACACCAAACGCUAAUGGGAGGCCCACAGGGGAAGGCAUUACACUGCUCCAUGCUCACGGAAGUAGCAGCAGACAGAAUAGUAAAAAUAGACUUAUUAAUAAACUUACAUAUAAACUAAACUUAUAUAAAUAGACUUACACCAAAAUUUAGUUUGUACACCAAAUUAAUAAAAGAAAGAAUUUUUAUUUAAUAAUUGAAAUUAAAUAAAAUACUGACCAGCUGGCAAAAUCUUAUUUUGGAGCAAGUUUUUGUCCUUCAUCAAUUCCCUGUUCAGGGUCGCAAAACACCGGCUCAUCAGAUCCAUACAUUUUUUGAUUCGGCACAGGUUUUAUACCAGAUGCCCUUCCUGACGCAACCCACCCGAUUUAUUCUAAUUUAGCCCGUAACGUGGCAGUGAGAGCAUGAGAUCCUGCCUCUGAACCGCCAGGUGUCUUGUUUGGCUUUUUACUUCAAGUAAUAAAUCUAAUCACUUUCUGCAAACAAAGGCAAAGUGUAAGUACUGACAGAGUGUUGAGGGGAAGAAGGAAGAAAAAAAGUUUCCAUGCUGCUAGACAGUAAGCUGGACUAGAUGCUGUUGGAUCUGUUAUUAUAGCAGCUAUUAUUGUGUUACUUUCUAACAUAAGAUGAGGUUGUAUCGCUGCACAUUAAUGUACAGUAUCUAUGGUCAUGAGCUGCUGGUGGUUAUAUGCUGCUACUCUCUAGCAGUAGUAGUAGAGUUGGUGUGUUUUGCCCACAUCAUUGUCAGGACACAAUUUCAUGUUGGCCUGCUAACCUGGAUGCCUUUAAAUACUUUACAGUGAGGUGAACAGUUCUUACUACUCACAAAAUAGGAAUACUGAUCAUUUUAGGUCAUUAGGGUGCAAGACAUGAAAUGCUGUCUACAGUUCUAUGGAUUUGGCAAAUGUUUUCCUGCCCUUUUCAUCCAUUAAAUAAUUAUACAAUAAAUCGAGAAACUAUUGAUCACCUACAAUAUAAAGAUCUUUUUAUCUGUUCCUGUUUCCACCGAAAAAACUCCAUUAAAAUAACUGAAAUGAAAACAUCCUUAGUUACUAUUCAUCAGCUAACUUGUUACUGAUGUUGGCUUUCGCUAUUUUAACUAGUGAUACAUUUUUUAUUACACUUGAAAGUGCUUUUGUAUGUUAAUGCUUUUUUUUUAUAUAGCUAAGCUCAAUACAUGUAAAUCUCUUGAGUCUAACAGGUGACCUGGGGCUCCUUCAAUGUAUUGUGACUGAAUAUUGUGUGAGAAAACAGUUCGAUGUUUUCAGUUCUCUUCGAUUAUUUUAGCACUUCCUUCGCAAAUGUUAACUUCCUGAACUUUACCUAAAUAAAUCAGGUACAAUUUUCUAA